AUGCUCACCAAGACCAUCCUCAUCGCUGCCCUCACCGCUGCCGUCACGGCAUCUCCCCUCGCCAGCGUCGGUGUCCCCGACGCGUUGACCAGCACUGGAGUUCCAGAUGCCCUGACCCAAACCGGAGUUCCCAUUCCCGGUCCAGAGUCCACUGGCUUCGUCACCAGCGUCAAAAGCGCAGGCACUCCGACCGCGACCGGUGGCAUCUUGGGCAACCCCAAUGCCCAACCCAACAAGGCCCUCCCCAGCGACUCGACUCUGGUGUCGGAGCUGCUCAACGCCCCGUCGACCCUCAAGCGGUUCGAGGCGAUCCAAAAGAACCUUGAUGCUGGCGUGAUCGAUCUCAAGUUUGACUUCAACCCGGCGGCCAACCCUGCCAUCACCCCCGGGGCUGGUGGCCAGGUCGACCUCGCCAACCGAGUCAACUUCCCUCUCUUGACCGGCACUGGCAUUUCGUUUGCCGGAAUCUUCUUCCAGCCCUGCGGCCUCAACACCCCCCACAUCCACCCGCGAGCCACCGAGUUCUUGACUGUUGCUACCGACAGCAACAUCCUGUCAGGCUUCGUGUUGGAGAAUCCAUUGACCACCGAGUUCAACACUACAUUGACUCAAUAUCAAGGCACCGUCUUCCCUCAAGGCUCCAUCCACUUCCAACAGAACCUCGACUGCAAGCCCGCCGUGGCCCUCGCGGGUCUCAACAGCGAGGAUCCCGGUGCCAGCUCCCUCGCUCAACGUUUCCUCGUCAACAUUGACCCUCAGGUCGUCGAUGCCACCCUGGGCUUCCCCAAUGAGAUCAACGCCGACAACUUCAAGACCUUCAAGGCCAACAUCCCCGCUCCUCUCGCCCAAGGUGUGGAAGAGUGCCUGAUCAGAUGCCAUAUCCCCUACUAG